AUGACUACGACUGAGAGUAAAAGCUUAGGUGAAGCCAAGAAAGAGAACAAAGAAGGGGAAGCCGUGAAGAAGAAAGAACAACAACACCCACUUUCUGAAUCACAACGAUCAAUCUCUUUUGACUCUUCUCAUUACACACCACCCAAAAAAUCUCCUACAGCACCAACACUUCAUUCUCACAUGCAUGGUCACCACUCUAUGAGUGAUGAUGGGGACCUUCAAAUGGUGGUGGCCAACCAGUCUCAUUCUCACUCUUCAGUCCAUGAUGAUGGGGCCAACGUUUCAAUUGUUAAGGAAUUAGAGCCAAAGAUGGUGAAGAACAUCGGUGAAAUUGAAGAAGGAUCAAAGAAAGAGGGUAAGUUAUGCUUUGUUGUUUUGUUGGGACUAAGGAUUGCUGCUUUUUUGCUGUGUAAGAUAGCUUUCUCGGUGUUGGCUUCUGAUAACCAAAAGAUUUUCGGUCGAAUGCCAUCUCCUUAUUGGCAAGGGUUCUAUCAGGAAGUCUUGUAUGAGCUUCACUGGUAUUACUAUUGGGAAUUCAAGUACUGCUUGUCAGUAAAUGUGAUUGCUUUUGUGUAUUCUUUGUUGCAAAUAUGUGAUCUAGUGAAGUACUUGGUCACUAAAAGACACACUCUGGAUCCUAAGCUGCGGGGUUACUUCAACAUUGCAAUGGAUCAGGCCAUGGCAUAUCUUCUAAUAUCAGCAGCAUCAUCAGCUGCCACUAGAACCCAUGACUGGAAAAACAAUACUGGGAUUGCAUACAAGUUCGUGACAAUGGCCAACGCAUCUAUUGUUUUCUCCUUCUUUGCAUUUGUGGCCUUCGUCUCUUCCUCAAUUGUUUCUGGCUUCAUCCUUUGUAGAUUUAACUAG